AUGAAAUCGAGUCGUCGAGAGAAGCCAAUUUCGGUUUCCGACCAAAUCCCAUCACCUAACGUCGUCUCAUGGACGGCCCUGAUCUCAUCCCACUCCACCACCCUCGCCACCCUCCGCCACUUCGUCUCCAUGCUCCGCCACCCCACCUUCCCCAACCAGCGCACAAUCGCCACCCUCUUCAAAACCUGCGCUUCUCUCUCGUCCCUCUCCUUCGGUCUCUCCCUCCACUCACUCUCCCUCAAGCUCGGUAUCUCCGCCGAACCGUAUUCGGGUUCAGCCCUCAUACACUUCUACUCCAAAUGUGGGAUGCCGGUUUAUGCCCAGAAGGUGCUCGAUGAAAUUCCCCACAAGGAUGCGGUCUGCUAUGGGGCGGUGAUUGUUGGGCUGGCGCAGAACUCGAGGCCCAUUGAUGCGCUUUUGGCUUUUGCUGACAUGAAAUGUAGAGAUGUUGGGUCGAGUAUGUAUACUGUUUCGGGUGCAUUGAGGGCCGCGGCGGAGCUUGCGGCUUUGGAGCAAUGUAGGAUCAUACACACACAUGCUGUUGUUACGGGGCUUGAUGCGAAUGUGGUUGUGGGGACUGCUUUGUUAGAUGCGUAUGGGAAGUCCGGGCUUGUGUCUGAUGCUAGACAGGUUUUCGAUGAGAAUUUGCUGGUGAUGAGUCUUGUGGGAUGCAAUGCUAUGCUUGCGGCGUAUGAUAAUAAAGAUGAUGAUUAA